AUGGAUAUAAAGACCUUGCUGGACAAUCUUCAUGAUGAAGUAUCCUGUUCUGUGUGUAUGUGUACAUUCACUGAUCCAAAGCAGUUGCCUUGUUUGCACAGUUUCUGUCUUCACUGCCUGAACGGAAUUCAACGAACGAGCGGCGUCCAUGGCAGAAUUACAUGUCCGGAGUGCAGGGGACAGUUUCAAAUCCCUGGAAGCGGAAAUCCCAGCGAACUUCCCACUAAUUUUCGAAUAAACAGUUUGCUAGAUGUCUUAGCAAUAAAAGAGUGCAGCACAGCUAACGUGAAAUGCGGAAAUUGCAACAAACGGAGCGCCCAGACCUUAUAUUGCUUCCAGUGUUGUUCUUUCUGGUGCGAGGAAUGUAUUUUAGCACAUAACAUAAUACGCACCAAUAAAGAACACAGAACGCUGGCACUGAAGGAUUUUCGAGAUCAUGACAUUGAGGCCGUGUUAAAGAGACCGGCAUUUUGUCAGAAGAAACGACAUGAAAAAGAAGAGUUGAAAUUCUUUUGUAAGGACUGUAAAGUCGCCAUUUGCAACACUUGUGUUGUAACACUCCAUGAAGGUCACGGAAAGAUGCUUUUGGAAGAAGCUACAGACGCGCACAAGACUAAGAUCAACUCCAUGACUAAAUCUUUAAUAGAAAAAGCACAAGAAAAACGCAAAGACCUCGAGCAAUUGAACCAAAAGAGCACGGACAUUAAACUGCAAGCAGCCUACUUAAAAAGCCAAGUGCAGACACAUGUAGAUCAAGUUAUUGCAAUCAUCGAAGCGAGGAAACAGGAUGUUUUUGAUGCAGUUGAUAAUCAAGCGAAAAAAUCACUGGAAUCUCUCUCAAAGAAAAAAGGACAAGUUGAAAAUAAAGUGAAAUUAAUUGAAUCGGCAAUUGAACAAACUAAAGCUCUUCUCAAACGAAGCUUUAGUACUGAAAUCCUUGGAUUCAGUGAAACAUUUGAUACAAUCCUGCAGGAACAGGGCACCCAAGGAAACCGUGACACUGAAUGUAUUCCUCGGUUUAGUUUCACUAAAAGUGAAAAACUGAUGAACGUGUUGAACAAUGAAGGGAUAGGCAAUGUAAAAACUGUUUUAAGCGAAACUAAAUCCCAACAAUUAGGAGCUAAAGGUAAAGAAAGUAGUAAAGUAAUUGCUGGGAAUAAAGGGGCAAAUGUUCGUGACAGUCCUCUUGAGACUCAGGUACAAACCAGGUGCUUCAGACCUGUGCUGUCAUUUGGACAAAAAGGUGAGUCUCUUGGAAGGCUUAACGAUCCGUGGGGGGUGGCAGUGAAUGAUCAUGAUGAAAUUGCUGUGACUGAGUUCGGUAAUAACAGGGUUUCAAUGUUUAGUAGUGACGGUACGCACUUAAAAUCGUUUGGUAGGGAGGGUCAGAAUAACGGUAAGUUCAGGAACCCUAAAGGGAUCGCUUUUGAUAGUCAUGGCAAUAUUGUAGUGGUAGACUGUGAUAACCACAGGGUUGAAGUCUUUGAUAGGAAUGGUAACUUUCUUAGUAAGUUUGGUGAACAAGGAAGUCUUGAUCACCAGCUUAGUUAUCCUGUGGGUUUAUCAGUUAACGGCAACGGUGAUAUUAUUGUUACUGAUACAGGAAACAAUUUAAUCAAGAUAUUCUCUUCUAGUGGGGAGUUUUUACGUAAAUUUGGUGGAGCAGGUUCUUUGGUCAGUCCCUUUCACUGCAUCCAACACGGUCAAUAUUUUAUAGUCUCAGAUUACAGUGAUCAUUCCAUUAAAAUGUUUAAUCUAGAGGGAAAAUUUAUUUCUAAAUUUGGAAAAAAGGGGAACAAGGAUGGAGAGUUCAAUCACCCCCGUUUCUUAUCAGUUAACAAAGAAGGAUUGCUAAUGGUCUGUGAUGCAGUUAAUCACAGAGUUCAAGUAUUUGAACUGAGUGGAAAGUUUGUUAUAAAGUUUGGAAGUCAAGGUAGCGAAAGAGGAGAGUUUGACUGGCCAAUGUCUACAGCAAAUCUUAGUGAUGGAAGAAUAGUUGUGUGUGAUAAGUACAACAACCGAAUCCAGGUAUUUGAGCAUAAAUAAAAUAAACUAGCCUGCGAAUACAACCGUCUCUCCUCGCUCUUCGUCGUUAGGGAACUUUCGUGUGAAACAUCUCUGCCGCGAAACUUUCUAAUAGCGGCGAGGAGCGAGGAGAGUCGAGAGCUGUAUUCACAGCAGGCUAUAAAAAUAAUCCUACCUUUGAUUCAAGACUUGAGAUUCAUCAUUUCACUAUUAUAUAUCGAUCAUUAGAUCCACAGUUCAUAUGUGAACAACCGUCUUUCCUCGCUCCUAGUCGAUAGGGACCUUUCGCGGGAAACGUCUCUGCCGCGAAACUUGCUAACAGAAGCCAGCAGCGAGGAGAGACAGCUGUAUUCGUAGCGGGCUGGAAAUAAUCCUACCUUUGAUGAAGUAAGACUUGAGAUUCAGUUCACUAUCACAUAUUGAUCAUUAGAUCUAUAGUUCAUGUUUCUGGAGGAAAUCAAUUUUAUGCGAUUAUUUUGUUUAGACAUUUUGAUAUGGCUAAAUUGGUGUAUGUUCUACUCGUAAGUAUAUUUUGCCUAUAAAUGAUAUCUCGCGUAAAAGUUGAGUUUAACGCGCGUAAAUGCAAUACUUGCAAAGAAAACCUGCAAGAUAUGGACUAGAUCCACCGUUUAUUUUUUGUGGGAUAAAAGCAAUUAAUUGAGAUAAUUUCCUCUUACAUUGUAAGCACAUUAUAAUUACCAAUUUGCAAAUACUUAUCUUCAUAUCUAGAAAUAUUUGAUACUGUUUAAUAUUUACAUACGUACGUAUGGAAGUGUGAUUUUUGAAUGCGUUUUUAAAUCCUGUUCAAUAGCGAGGACAGCUUUGGUGUUUCCCAAUUUUGUAGCUAAACGGCUUAUUUUUACAUAACUUUUUUCAGCUCUCUCCUCCUCAGAGGCUCCUGCUGGGUAUCCCGAUAAAAUUGAUAGCAAAUAAUCGAUACUCUCUUCCUUUCUCCUUUGCGGAGCAGGGAGUAUUUUUGCAGUAGUAAGAGACGUACAUAUUUAUCAGAAAGCAAAAUGCUAUUUCCUGUCAAUAACGCCAGCAGAUUAUUUUUGUGUAAAUAAACAAAUAGUGUAAAUACUUUGUUCCUUGUACUCAAUGUCUCCUGAGUCAAAGUCAAGCUAAGGGCGGAUUUAGGAGGGGGGAUGGGCCGAGGAGGUCGCGACAACCCCUUUUUCUUUGAAAUUUUGUAUUAUUUUUAUAGAAUUCUCAUACUAGAUAGCUGGCAUGUGUCCCGGCCACCCCAUUCUGAAAUUUCUGGAUCCGCCCCGGCUAAUGUGUGCAAUAACUUGCGAAGGAAAGUCGACAACGCCACUAAUAACAAUCUUCCUUCUGGUGUCACACGCUUAAGAGAAAAACUAAAGAAAGAUAGCAGUGGGGUUGGAAAUUGGUGAAGGCCGCUUCUCCCCGCAAAUUUGUGUCAUGAUUGCGCUACCCUUGCUCCCCUGGAUACUUUUCCAAAGGGGGCGACAAGCAAACCCCCUGCCCACUCCUUUGAGGCAGUUUCGUCGAGUUGAAAUUUAUAUUGUGGCCGAUUUGUAUAGGUAAUAGCAUGAUUUGUAGUGAUAUUUGGAAUAAAUACCACGAGUGAUAUUUCAAAAUUGUUAUACGUAAUUUCACGAGCCGUUAGGCGAGUGAAAUUUGAGACAAUUUUGAAAUAUCACGAGUGGUAUUUAUGCCAAAUAUCACGUACAAACCAUGCUAUUAUUUGUUUAUACUACUACCCACAAAAGGUUUGUAAUUUUCACAUGUAGGUAUUUCAAAUUAAGCUGAAAUACCACUGCUCUAAGCCAAUCAAAUUUCAGAAAUUUCUCAUGUAGUGGUAUAAAAGACGAAAUACACAGCAAACUCCAGAUACGCAUAAUUAUUCCAAGUUCCUUAGUGCGGGUUGUGCGCUUUGACAUUUUCACUUUGUAACCUGCAAUAACCCGGACAAAAGAAGUUGGGAAGGUUUGGGAUAUAACAAAACAAUUACGCGCACAAACACUUUAGUUUUGUACAGCAUGGGGCAUAGAAUGCAAACAAGUCGGGUUGGUUUUUCCCAAAAUCGGUUUAGCAUAGUUUUAGCUCUUCUCCUCAGUCUCGCCCUCCGUGUUCAGCCUGGCGCUAGACUUUUUUUUGACUGCUCGAGCGGCCUUCUUGAAUACGCAAAAAUAACGUUACUGUUUUGCAGUCUACAUUGGGGAGGGGGCAGAGGAAAUAAGGGAAAAAGAGGUAAAAAAUAGUAUCCUCCGUACACACUUUGACGAUUGCCCCAAGAGUUUGUUGCACCCAACAUUCAAUUUAAGUUCGCUAUUAAAUAAAUGCAGUUUACAUGCCUUGAAACUGAAGUGGGAAGGUAUUCUUUAUUUAUUAUGAUCGAGAAUUUGUAAGACAAGCGAUGAAGCAAAUGAACCAAUUAGACUCAGGGAAUCAACCUAAAUCAUGUUCUAAUUUAAACUCCUGUUUUGUUGUAAUUAAGAAGUUAAACUGAUAUAUUACGUAAAAAUUAUAAGCGGCCAAAGCGUCUUCUAUCGUAUCCCUUCCCCUAGCUGUCUACAAGUUCGUGCAUCGAGGUACGAUCAUUGGCCUUAUUAUCUUGUUUCCCAUCCGCUUAAUUUUUAACAACAACCACAUCAACAUCGACAACAGUUUAUUCAAUUUGAAAAGUAUUUUAUUUCCGUGUUACCAUGCCACAAUUAGCGAAGCUAUUCCCGGUGGGUAACACUGAUAAAACAAUAGUCUCCUUGAAUAAAUACAAAGUUCUAAAUAAAAAAAGAAAGUGCGUAAAGCAAAUUAUAGCGGCGUUGAGAGUCCCUCCUGUUCAAUGUUGAUCGACCAGAAUCGGUACAACCAGUUUAUCUGGCGAUAAUCCAUUCAAUUAAUUUUAAACAAAGUUGACUACGCAAGAACUUGUUUGACAGCUUAAAACGAUAUGUCGCUACAAAGACGGCCUCAUUCCAACUGCAGAAAUGGAACACUUAGUAGUAGUUUGAAUCAUUCAAACUGUAGCCGUUUAAAAACUGAAUCUACUGAAUUGAAAAACAAAACCAAGGGUUAGUCGAUGUAGUCGAUGUAACUUUUUGUACGGUUCGUGCGAAUUAAAAGUUCUGAUAACGUAUUCAAAAUAUAUCAUCAACUUCUUUUAAAUAUACAUCGAGGUUUUUUGUCGAGGGUGAGCCUGUUUAAAAAGGUGAUUAAGGACGUCAAUUUGACUGAGCCAUUACUAUUUUUAGGUUCUCCGCCUUGGUAUGUUCAUUAACCUGCUAUACUCGCUUAUUUUCUUUAAGCUUUAUUUUUUUCACAACGUUUUUUCAGCUAAUUAGCUUCACUGCUUAACAAUUAACUGCUUUUUUUAAAAGAAUUUAAGUGAACUUGAGGUGGGCCAACUAAGACCAACUAAACAAAAGAAGCUCUUCCCCUCCCCUUCUAACCUUUUAUAAAGGUUAUCUCUUUGCCCUUACUCACCCCUUCCCCCUGUUCCUAGGCUACCUACCCAUCUCUUGACAUUUUGCGAAAAGUAGAAGCCUGCGAAUACAGUCCUCUAUCCUCGCUCCUCUCUGGUCUUGGACGUUUGCCUGGCCGCGAAGAGCGAGGAAAAUGAGAGAGCUUUAUUCGCAGUCUAGACCAGUAGCUGGUAAACAGUAAAUACUUGCCUUAUGCCGGUUUGGAUGAUGAUCAAAAGAGGUUUUAAGGUAGUCACUUAUAUCCUUACAGUCGCUUUGUUUUAUAGCUGGAAAUUUCUUCUCAACAGUGCGCGGUCUCAUUGAUUGCUUCGAGGUCACAUUAAACUGUUUUCCGCCAAAAUCUCUGAGCGAGGGAACAAUGCAAAAAAAAUCAAGACGUCAGAGAGUAACAAUUUCCAGCUAUAUUUGUUUCCUCGGUGACCACUCAUUAAGUGUUUAUUAUUGUUGUGAUAGUUGCUGAUUGAGACACAAAACCUCAACUGACAACCUCGUUGACUGCUACCCGGGAAGCGGGCAGUUUACCAAAAUUUAGGGUGCGGGAUGUGGGAUUUUUCCCUCUCUGUCGGGAACGGGAAAUCAUGACGACUCAAAUACGCGUUCUCGGCGGCAAAUGCGAUUCAACAAGGCGAGCGUUCAGUUGUGUCUCCUAUCAACUGAGUAAAAUAUAUAUAGUGAUCUGAUUAAUGAUUGUCUAACUGAAAUAUUCAAGAAGUAAACAGAUGAGCUGAGCUGACAGAAGAACCACUAUUUCAACCAGAUGACAAGAAAGGGAGCUAAAGGACGCGUGGCGCAAUAGCAGUCUAGUUAAUGAAAGUUUUCUUCUAUUCUGAAAAAACGCCUGAUCGUAGGUUACCUUAAGUACAUUAAUUCAUAGUUUGGUGUCGUUCUUUCUUACAGUCACAGCCAAGUCUGCUAGCGCCAGAAAAGCCUAUUCCAGACGUCCUCCGCUCUAUUUUGUGCCACCUUGGAACAGCUAGGCUAGCGCCAGAAGUAACGCAGCGAACGAAAACACUAAAUGUUUUUUCUCCCGCUACGCAUCAAACACAAAGAGCUGUAGAGUUCCAGAAGCAGUUUAAAAAACUUCAGGGAGUUAAGGUGAUGUUACACGAUGACGAUCAGCGCAACGACGAUUUUUAGCGCAAUGCAGCAUUACAACAUUUCUGCGGCAUUGUUUAGACAUUCCAAUGCUGUGUUGCGCGAAAAAUUUUCCUUACGAAUCUUCUCGUGUGGCAUUACCUUUAGAGCAAAUCACAAAGAGUAAAGGCCUAAGAGACUUUUCUUUAUGAGAACGCAAGUUGUGGGUCAAUAUGAGUUUGACACACUUAUCCAGGUCGUCAAGGGAAGCCGUUUAUUCUAACAAUUCGCAGGUAUUCGAUAGUAACUUCUAGUCAGCAAAGAAGGAUCACUAAUGGUCUCUGAUAAAAGAAAUCAUAAAGUUCAUAUAUUUGAACUGAGUGGAAAGUUUGUUACAAAGUUUGGAAGUAAAGGCGUAGCUAGUGUGGAGACUUUAGGAAUCUAGACUACGAGUAGUCCCCCAUUUUCCUCGGGGAUAGUAGAGCGGGCGAAACGCGAGCGCGCGUGAAAAUCACCCCACGCGAGAAAAGGCGAUAUGCGGCGGGGAGAGAGAAAAAUGGUCGCCUUUUCUCGCGUGGGGUGAUUUUCACGCUCGCUCGCGUUUCGCUUGCUCUAUUAUCCCUGAGGAAAAAUAGGGGACUACUCGUAGUCUAUUAGGAAUCCAGUGUCCACAGCAAAUAUAGUUGUAUCGUGUGAUAUGAAUAACAGCCGAAUCCAGCUGUUUGAUGAUCUGGAUUAUGAAUGAUACGAUUUUAACUUUGUUGCAAUUAACUUGAGAAUUUGAACUACUAUACAUUGACCAUGAGAUCUAGGUUUUAUUUUUGUUAAAGUAAACAAUUUUGGGUGAUAAUUUGGUUAAUAAAUCUUACCAUGAUAUCGAAAUUGGUAUAGUUCUGGCAUGUGCGAUGUGAAGGCCGGAAGGAAGGGCCAAUGAAACACUUCCCCUCUCCUUCUCUUCUACUCCAUUUUCAGGCUAUUUUAUCGCCCUAACCACCCUACCCAUCCAAAACAAGAAAGGUGUUCAUAGGCUGCCUACUCAUCUCAUGACAUUCAAGAAAAGCGAGUAAACAGUAACCUCUUGCAUCGAUGGAUGAGGAUAGAGAUCGCACGAGGUUUUUAGGUUAUCACGUACAUCCUGGUAUAAGUUACUGACUACUCAGUUAAAGUUGUUGACCUAGUGUAAUUUAAACCCAGUCCCAACUGUUCGUGGUAACUCCCUACAAAGGCGUCAAACACUUUUUAAAAAGAAGUGAACAGUCACUUACGAAAACUCGCGACAUGGUUCGAAAUAUUGCCACUUUAAUUUCUGACACGUGAUUCUUCUUCUCUCUUUGUUAGAAACUUCAGGGCGUUAAGGUGAUGUUCCACGACGAAGAUCAAUGCAACGAUGAUUUUUAGCGCAAAGCAGCAUUACAACAUUGCUAGCGCUGGGACAUUGUUUCGAAUGGUUACAACAUUGUUUUAUUAACAUUCCAAAGCUGUGUUGGGCGAAAAAUCGUCCUUGCGAAUCGUCUCGUGUCAGACAUUACCUUUAGAGGAAAUCACAAAGAGUAAAGGUCUAAGGGACUUUUCUCAAUGAGAACGCAAGUUGUGUGUCAAUAUGAGUUUGAUACACUUAUCCAGAGGUCAUCCAGGGAAGCUGUGGAUGCUAAUUCGCAGGCAUUCGAUGGUAACUACUAGAUGUCCGUAGGCGCAUGAGCUGGACGACCUAUCACGGUUAAAUGGUGCUCUUUCGUCGUACUCAGAUAUAAAAAGCUAUUUGUUUCAUGGAAUAGCCUUGGCAUCGUAAGGACCAAGCUAAAUCUUACAUUUGUUAGCUUUUGUAGCAAAAUCAGUCUUUGUUAACGUACGUCUCCAGUUUGGAAACAAAAAACAGGAUGAAACGUAAAGAAGUGCAGGAUGCGGGAUUAACGUAAAAAAGUAGCGGGAAUGAUUAAGGAAUCAAGAUCCCCCCUUCCAGUCCCUGUAAAAAUGGUCACUCUGGAAACACUAGUUGAAUCACGAAACUUACUCUCGGUUUGAAACUACCAAUGAAAGCUAGCAUGUUGGUCCACUUUUUUUAUCAUAUGACUCAUUUAGUAUCCGAGUGAUUUGGACGAUUGGCGUGCGCGAGAUCAUUCCCCACUUCCACCCUCUUGCAGUAUCGGCCGGCGUUUUUGAGUGAUGUUCGUCAACCGGAAGUGAGAACUUUUCACUUUCAAUUGCCUUCACUUGACGUUACCAAUUUUGUACUACUUAUAGUGUCUUUACUCUUUUAGAGGCGAUUUGCUCGAAAAAUGUUGAGCAAAACCACAGCCCAAACAUGGAAAAAGUCCACUUACGAUUGACGUGCGUCCCUCUAAAACAUCUUUACUUAUUAUUUUCUCUAUUUUCAAACGUUACGUUCGCUCGACGAGCUCUGUAGGGAAAAAAGGAUAUUUCAGUGUAAAGAGGCUAUAUCACAGCACAGAUCAGGAGUUCAAGCAAAAACUAAUAAAAUGAUGAUCUAUCAUUGGUAUUUUACAGUAUAUGGCCAUUAUUUUAAAUUAUCUUUUUUCCUCGAAUAAUAGUCGGGGCAAUUAUCUCUUUUUUCGCACGAAAAGAGGGCAGUUAAUCCAGGGAAGGCGAUUACUUGAGGGAGGUAAUUAUUUCAAAUAUUGCUCUCUGGAAGUCGUGGCCUAAAUAUUUUGUUUUAUGUUCCCAUUAAAUCAAAAAAUAAUCACAUUAAUAAACUGAACAUGGGCUUUUUAAGUGUUCCAAAUUUAGUUCGUUGACUAAUUUCCAGAGCUUGAAUCGUCACUGAUCAGUUUUACUGAAUCUCAUUGCACUUCAACUUGACAAGGAGGGGAUAAAAGGAAGAGGAAGAGAAGAUGGCGAUAGGGACGGGGGAACGGUGAUUAUUCGAGGGAGGCGAUUAUUAGAGGAAAUAAGGUAGCUGUAUAACUGAUGCGCUCAAUGAGUAGCUAAGAAUUUCACGAUCAGGCGCGAGCGGAUCCACACCGGCUUCUACCGUUUUAUGAAAAUCGGUCAGACUUUUUCAUAAUCAAAUAAUCUUUUUAUAAAAACAUCUUUCCAAGUUCAAAUCUAGCUAAUAUCCUGUCUGAAUGACUCGUGCAGAAACCCAAGAAAGAGGACUUCAGAAAGUUAAAAUCCAAAAGGAUUUCCCUUUUCAUUUGGUGCAAGCUCCGGAUUCAUCUGGAAGCUAGGAAAACGAUCAGUAUUUAUGUAUCCGAGCUUGCACGAGUACAGUUUAUCUAUUUCAGUGAUGUAAAAUAUUAUUUGACAAGUUUAAUAAAAUAUUUUUAAAAUAGUCCAUGCUUUGAAAACAAGCCGAUUAGAGGUAAAGGAUAUUUUUUACUUUUGAAAAUACGUCAGAAAAUCAAAACACGUCAAGACACCUUAUUUGAUUGGCUAAUAAAAUAAAGGUUAGUCCCGGCCAAUAGUUUAGAAAGAAAAGGCUUUCAUUAUUCUUAGUUCCGCAUGGCCGCCUCCUCGAUCAUCGACAACCACACCUACUGUAUAUUUCAAAACUUUCAUGUUUGUUCUCGACCUUUUCCAUGGAUAUAAAGAUCCUUCUUGGCAAUCUUCAUGAUGAAGUAUCCUGUUCUGUGUGUAUGUGUACAUUCACUGAUCCAAAGCAGCUGCCUUGUUUGCACAGUUUCUGUCUUCACUGCCUGAAUGGGAUUCAACGAACGAGCGGCGUCCAUCGCAAAAUUACAUGCCCCGAGUGCAGGAGACAGUUUCACAUCGCUGGAAGUGGAAAUCCCAGCGAGCUUCCAACCAAUUUUCGUAUAAACAGUUUGCUAGAUGUCUUGGCUAUAAAGGAGUGCAGUACAGCAAAUGUGAAAUGCCGAAACUGCAACAAACGGAGCGCCCAGACCUUAUAUUGCUUCCAGUGUUGUUCUUUCUGGUGCGACGAAUGUAUUUUAGCACAUAACAUUAUACGCAUCAAUAAAAAACACAGAACGCUGGCCCUGAAAGAUUUUCAAGAUCAGGACAUCGAGGCCGUGUUAAAGAGACCGGCAUUUUGUAAAGAGAAACGACAUGAAAACAAAGAGUUGGAGCUCUUUUGCAAGGACUGUAAAGUCGCCAUCUGUAACACUUGUGCUGUAACACUCCAUGAACGUCACGGAAAGAUGCUUUUGGAAGAAGCUACAGACGCGCGCAAGACUCAGAUCAACUCCAUGACUCAAUCCUUAAUAGAAAAAGCACGGGAAAACCGCAAAGAACUCGAGCAAUUGAGCCAAAAGAGCACGGACAUUACACUCCAAGUUGCCGACUUUAAAAGCCAAGUGCAGGCGAAUGUGGAUCAAGUUAUUGCAAUCAUCGAAGCGAGGAAACAGGAUGUUUUUGAUGCAGUCGAUAAUCAAGCGAAGAAAUCACUGGAAUCUCUCUCACAGAAAAAAGACCAAGUUGAAAAUCAUGUGAAAUUAAUUGAAUCGGCAAUUGAACAAACUAAAGCUCUUGUGAAACGAAGCUUUAGUACUGAAAUCCUUGGAUUCAGUGAAACAUUUGAUACAAUCCUGAAGGAACAGGGCACCCAACAAAACCGUGACACUGAAUGUAUUCCUCGGUUUAGUUUCACUAAAAAUGAAAAACUGAUUAACGUGUUGAACAGUGAAGGGAUAGGUAAUGUAAAAACUGUUUCUAGCGAAAAGAAAGUGCAGCAAUCACGAACUAAAGGUAAAGAAAGUAGUAAAGUAAAUGCUGGGAAUAAAGGGGCAAAUGUUCGUGACAGACCUCUUGAGACUCAGGUACAAACCAGGUGCCUCAGAUCUGUGCUGUCAUUUGGACAAAAAGGUAAGUCUGUUGGAAUGCUUCACGGGCCCUGUGGUUUGGCAGUGAAUGGUCAUGAUGAAAUUGCUGUGACUGAGUACUCGAACCACAGGGUUUCAGUGUUUAGUAGUGACGGUACCCACUUAAGAUCGUUUGGUAGGGAGGGUAACAAUAAUGCUGAGUUCAAGUUCCCUAGAGGGAUCGCUUUUGAUCGUCAUGGCAAUAUUGUAGUGACAGACAGCGCUAACAAAAGGGUGCAAGUCUUUGAUAGGAAUGGUAACUUCCUUUGUAAGUUUGCAUGGUGA